AUGCUUUCAUGGAAAUCUCUUGCCGUCUGCGCGGCGAUCGUUUCGGGAUCUCGUGCCUCGGUUACCUCGCCCUCGCCCACGCCCACGCCCUCGACUCAACAAGGAUGGUAUUCGGCUGCCUCCAACUCCUGGUCCCCGGUUAUGUGCGAUCCAGGAGAAUCGCGGCAACUAUACAGCACGUUUGCAAGAUGCUGCUCCGACUAUAACUCGAAUUGUCCCUUCGCGACAUCCUGCGACAGCUCUGUCCUCUCCUUUUGGGGUGGUGCUACCAUGGAAUGCGACACCGGCAGUACCUGUGCGAACAUGAAACUUUACCCCGACCCCCACAACACUACGGCCAGUUUCGUGGAUAUGUGGUGCGCGAGUAGCUGGACUGCCUCGACCAUCUUCAUGGACACGACUGCCGCUCCCACCCCGACCGGUGAGGGUAAUGUUGCUGUUCACGCGGCCACCCCAGCAGCCUCAGUAUCAAAAUCCGGUGCCGCCGCCACUUCAACCGACUCCGGCAAUAAUGACACCUCCUCGAAACAUUCCGGCAGCAAAGCCUGGAUUGCCGGCGCUGUGGUUGGGCCCGUGGCAGGCUGCGCCAUUAUCGGAGCUCUGGGAUUCUGGCUCGGCAACCGCAAGAAGCAACAAGCCCUUGCCGAGAAGCAUGUACAUAUGGGCGGGUUCUCGUCGACCGGGCCCAGCAAUUCGACGGAGUAUGGAUCUUCCCGCGGCUUUGGUGAGCUCGAUCCUCAAUCCAGGCCACAUGAAUUGGACUCGAGGGCGAAUCUAGCGGAGCUCCCGGCUGCAAAGACUGCGCCAUGA